AUGAAGCUCUUCCAGGCGGUAGGCCUCUUAGCGUGCUUGGCUGCCGCGCAACCUUUUGGGACGCAUCGAGCUGCAGUGUACGAAUCUAUUAAGCGCCGCGGUCAAAUUGACGAUAUUAACAACAGCGAAUUGUCUUCGGGCGUCGUUGUGUCGCAGGACAGUGAUAAGAAGAACACGUUUUUCCGCGGUGACAACCGGGAUUAUAGUAUCAUAUUCUCGGUUGGUUUCGAACCCAAAGGCACCGAUACCAGACCUUACACCCAUCUUGCGGGUGCUCACGACAAUUCGGGAUUAGUAUCUGUUUCGAAGAGUAAGGCGGUAGCCGACAAAUACGGUGGAGGCCAUUAUACGUACGCCAUUAGUGCAUUUGCGCUACCGCAAGGCUAUGACAUGACGAUGAUACGCCCAAAUGACAAAAACGUACAGUAUAAUCAGGAGUUUGCGUCAACGCGGCCGAUUCCCGCGUCUGGUAUAAUGGGUGUCUGGGACAACAAUCAUGGCGGUAAAUAUAUCGAAAACCCAAACUACAAUCCGACGGUCUAUGGACAGAGUACUUGCUCAUCUGGCGGAUUGUUUGGCGGAUUGUUUCGCGGAUUAGCCAGGAGAGCCGACUGUUAUGUGGAGGCUCCGGCCAGCUAUAAACCCAUCAAGGCCGGCCAAGGGCCUACGCUCGAUACGUCGGGGGCCAACAACGCAAAGGAAGUCGGGAAGCCACAGCAAAAAAGUGUCUUUACUAACAAGCCUCCGCAGGUAAAGGCGGGCGACUCGUCCGCCGACAGCUCCCCGCAAACACGGGAACAAGCACAGAUACAACCACAGCAGCAGGAACCACAGCAGCAGCGAAACAAUCAGCAUUGCAAACACGGGCAGGACUGCAGGUUACCAGGUGCAGAGGAUCCGACUGACGAACCCCCCAAGAAGCAAGCAGGGAAGAUGGCUGAAGUCGCGGGGCCAGGGGGCAGCCAGCCGAGCCCCAACGACGGCAACGGCGGCCAGCAGGCUGCUCCAGUUGGUCCGCAAUGGCCGAGGCCGCCCUGA